AUGCUGAGUUCUAAGGCUGGUGUUGAUCAUGUGUUACGCUAAUUUGCUAAUAAGAGAGUGCUAAUAAGAGUAGAUUUCAACGUGCCAAUCAAAGAAGGCAAAGUGAAGAAUGCAACAAGAAUCCAAGGAGCUAUUCCAACCAUCAAGAAGAUACUUGAAUAGAAUCCAAAGAAUGUUACAUUGAUGUCACACAUGGGAAGACCAGAUGGAAAGAGAGUUGAAAAAGACUCACUCAAAAUAGUUGUUCCAAAGUUGGAAGAGUUACUAGGCACUAAAAUCAACUUUGUUAACGAUUGUGUAGGUUCAGAAGCUACUGAGGCUGCAAAUGCUGGAAAUGGACAAAUCAAUUUAUUAGAAAAUCUCAGAUUCCACAUUUAGGAGGAAGGAAAAGGCCUUGAUGCAAAUGGAGCAAAGAUCAAGGCAGAUAAAGAGAGUGUUAAGAAAUUUAGAAAGGAAUUAUCCGCCUUGGGAGAUAUUUAUGUAAAUGAUGCAUUUGGUACUGCACAUAGAGCCCACUCAUCUAUGGUUGGAAUAGAUCAUAAAGUUAGAGUGGCUGGGUAUUUGAUGAAGAAAGAACUCGAUUAUUUUUCAAAGGCCUUGGAAACACCUCAAAGACCAUUCCUUGUUAUUUUAGGAGGUGCUAAAGUUGCUGAUAAAAUCCAGUUAAUUAAAUCUAUGCUUGAUAAAGUAGAUGAGAUGAUCAUUGGAGGAGGUAUGGCAUUUACAUUCCUUAAAAAAAUUCACAAUGUUCCUAUUGGAAAAUCACUCUUCGAUGAAGAAGGAUAUAAAAUUGUUGAUGAAAUACUUACUAAAGCCAAGGAAAGGAAUGUCAAAAUUCAUCUUCCAGUCGAUUUCGUAUGUGGUACAGGCUUGGAAGCAUCCAGUCCUGUUGCAUUACAUGAUCUUAAAUCAGGAAUACCAGAUGGAUGGUUGGGUUUGGAUGCAGGUCAAUUGACAUAAAGAGAAAAUGCUGAAGCUAUUGGAAGAGCUAAAACAAUUGUUUGGAAUGGACCAUAAGGAGCAUUUGAAAUUGAGUAAUUCAAGAAUGGUUCUGUGAGUAUGUUGAAUGCCUUGGUUAAAUAGACUUCAAGUGGUGCUACAACCAUUGUUGGAGGAGGUGACACUGUCAAUCUAGUUGGAGCUAAUAAGGCCAAUGAUAAACUCAGUCAUGUUUCCACUGGUGGAGGCGCUUCUUUGGAAUUGUUGGAAGGAAAGAUAUUACCAGGUGUUGAAUAUCUUACCAAUAUCAAAGAUUUAUGAUAUAUGAUUCAUAUAACAUAAUUUAACAUCAUUAAUAAUUUAAA